AUGGCCGACAUGGAGAAGACCCCAGUCCAGGUCAUUGAACCGUCUGUUGAAACUGCUCCCACAUCUUCCAAGAGCAUCCUCGACCGCCUCAAAGGCAGUGCGAAUGAUCCCGAUGCCCUCGGCAGAGAGUUGUUGCAGAAGGCACUUGAAUUUGAUGAAGAUCAACUUGAACGAGAUGCCAUCAAAGUUCGCCGAAAGCUUGACUGGAUUGUCAUUCCUAUGAUGAUGACAACCUACAUGCUAAGCUUCCUAGACAAGCAGACCCUCAACUAUUCCAACGCAUACGGACUUCAAGAAGAUACGCAUAUGAAAGGAGAUGACUAUUCAUGGGUUGCAUCAGCAUUAUAUUUUGGCUGGCUCACCGGCGCGUAUCCGUGGAACGUCAUCCUUCAGCGCUACCCCAUUGGCAGAUUGAUCGGAUAUAUGCUUUUCAUUUGGGGUGUUGUCUGCAUGCUGCAAGCUGCGGUUUUCAACUUUUCCGGCUUCUUUGCCAUUCGCUUCUUUUUGGGCAUGGUGGAGGCUUGUAUAUCUCCGGCCUUUGUUCUUCUCACCUCGAUGCUGUGGACAAGGGAAGAACAAGCGCUCCGAACAUCCUUCUGGCUCUCGACAAACGGAGUUUCUUCAAUUCUUGGUGCCUUGCUUGCAUACGGCAGUGGCCAUGCCGUCCAUCUUGCCGUCCCAAACUGGAAGUUGAUUUAUCUGAUUGUCGGGGCUAUCACGUUCCUCUGGGGCUUCGUGAUCAUUCUCUACCUUCCCGACGGAGCUCAUAACGCCAAAAUGCUGACAGAAUAUGAACGCAUGGUGGCUGUGUGGCGUGUAUCGAAGAAUCAGAUGGGCAUCAAACAUAAUAAGAUUGUACCCGGCCACAUCAAGGAGGCAUUACUCGACCCAAAAACCUACCUCGUCAUCCUCAUGGGCACCUGCACGGGGAUUCUGAACGGUGCCGUGGCAAACUUUGCUUCUGCCCUGAUCAAAGGCUUCGGAUUCGAUGCGCUUCGGACGACCCUGCUGCAGACGCCUGGUGGGGCAUUUGAGGUCAUUGGGUGCAUGGGUUUCGGUUGGGUAGCGACCAAGAAGAACCUUUUGGGUAUCACCAUCAUCAUCUCGUGCCUGCCCGGAAUCGCGGGCUUGAUCGGUCUCCUGACCAUCAACAUCAAACAUCGGUACGCGCUGGUAGCUUGUUGCUGGCUGCAAAACGUUCUCGGGGCGCCUAUCAUCCUAGGAUGGACUCUCCCAGGUGUUAAUGUGGCAGGUCACACCAAGAGAACUGCGGUUGUGGGAAUCUUCUUCGUAUUCUAUUGCGCGGGAAACAUCACGGGCCCGCACCUGUUCUUGCCCUCGGAAACGCCGCGAUACUUCACUGCCAUCAAAGGAUUACUGGGCACCUACUGUGCGCUCUGCUUCCUGCAGUUGAUCUACACGGCUUGGUGUUACUUUGACAACAAGGCCCGCGACCAAAGGGGUCUGCAUGCUGAGAGGCAACAAGAAGAACUGCUCGAGGGCUUCAAUGACCUGACGGACAAGCAGAAUCUGCACUUCAGAUAUAAGAUUUGA